AUGUGGGGGCGGAGAGUUGUAGUGCCCCAAGCACUUCGUCAGCAGAUUUUGAGUGCAUUACAUUCAGGUCACCUUGGAAUUGUGAAGAUGAAGUCGAUUGCUCAGUUACAUGUAUUGUGGCCAAAGAUUGACUCAGAUAUCGAGACAUUAGCAAAGUCGUGUCAUUGUUGUCCGCGGGAAGGUAUUUCUCUGCCACAGUGCAUUGUUCAUCCAUGGGUUUGGCCAGUCAAGCUAAUGCAGCGUGUUCAUGUGGACUUUGCAGUUCCGUUCAUUGGUCGUAUGUUCUUUUUGAUGGUCGAUGCACAUUCUAAAUGGGUAGAAAUUAUUGAAAUGAAGUCAGCAACAACGACAGCCACUAUUGAGGUACUUAGAGGAUUGUUUGCUUCAUAUGGUCUACCGACUCAAUUUGUCGCGGACAAUGGGCCACAGUUUUGUCAGGAGAAUUUAGCCAGUUUGUAA